UACAGUCAUGCGUGCAUACAUUUUUACAAAGGCAUGGUCCUGGGAAUCAAACCCACAACCCUGGUGUUGCAAGCAUCAUGCUCUACCAACUGAGCUACAUGGUCUUUUUAUAACCAUAACGUCUUUACACAGCGAUUCCUAUCAGUGGAGUGCAGUGUGGUUUACAUUUUGUUCUCCUGCAGGCUGGCAGUGCCAGGGGUGGUGCCCUCACAGGUAUAGGUGGCUAUUUCUUGUGCAUGUAAACAGGCCUAGGGGUGCAACAUGAAUUUCAAAUUCACCUAUAGCGAAAUAGAGGAACUUGGGGGCAACUUGCCCAUGAAGAAAAGGAAGUCGCGCUUCACCUUCGAUGAAGUCCAUCUGCUGCUGUCUGAGGUCAAAAGAAACAGGCACAUCCUCGUAAGCAAGUUCAACCAAGGCGCUUCGUCAGACCUGAGGAAGCGAACAUGGGCGGACAUCGCGAUUUGCAUCAACAAAAUCAGCGAGUGCCAACGGGAGGUCAUGGAGAUCGUCAAGAAGUGGGCUGACCUAAAGUGUGACGCCAAGCGCAGGAUGGUGGCCAUGCGAGGGCCUAAUGGUGUCCGUAUCUCCCAGAACCUGUCGCCGGUGGAGAAAAUGGUGCACGAAAUACUAGCCAUGUCCCCUCCGAACAAGGCCACUAUGGGCAGUAUGAAUCAUGAACCUGAGGAGAAUGACUUUGGUGACAUGUCAGAGAUGUCGACUCGCUCCUCUGGCACCUCUAAUGGUAUGGCUGGCCUUCAUCAUAUGGGUAUGCCUGGCACCAGCCCCCACGCCAUAGGCUCGUCUAUGUCACCUUUCUCAACUCGAGAUAAAGAUAUUGGCAUGUUUUCUCGGAUGCCAUUUGGCCGGGAUCCUUCUCAGUCGUCUCAUGAUUUUUCAUUCAUGACACCAGUCGAUGAAGACAACAGUCUGGGAUUUGAGGACCUAGAAGAGGAGCCGCGGCACAUGGGCUCCUUCCGCCCUCCUGCUGAGCCUCGUCGCACCUACUCCAGAUUCGUCACCGCUGUGUCUUCCUCCAUGGCUACUUCCUCAUCCUCCCUCCCAGCUCCCUCCUCUUCAUUUCUCCCUGCUCCUCCCUCUUCUUCUACCUCUCCAGGGUCAGUCAUGGGACAGGGGGCAAUCCGGAAGCAGCUAGCCCACAGUGCCUCCCUCAGUCUCAAGGAGCAGCAGGCCACUACUGCCCUGCUAGGGGCCGUGUCGGGGUCGCUGGGGGCCCUGGCCCAGUCCGUGCAGCAGCUGGUGGAGUCGCAGCAGGAGUUUGUACGCGACUCCCUGGAGAUGCAGCGAGAGACUGUGAGCGUCCUGCGAGACUUCUCUACCAAUGCCCUGGCUCUCCUGCGGGACAAGGUCAACGGCCACCCGCCUUCUUAACUCCCAGUUCACCUACAGAACCCAACACAACAUACACACAGACCCUACCUGUGAAGUGCUUGCCUGUGGACUGAGAUCAUGUCAUUAAUACUGUUUGCAGAUUCACAUUGAGAAUGAGUAUGCUGCCACUAGUAUAGAGUACUGAAUAGCAGGAAGCCAAAAUAAAAUUAUGAGUAUCUUUAUAUACUGGAGAUGAGCUUUCUAACUAGUGACUGUUUUGUGAAACUUUUGAUGUUAAAGAGAUCCACGUGUCAUGGUUCCAGAACUAUGGUAAAUCACUUUUUUUUUUUUACUGAAUGGAACAAGAGUAGACAUUGCAAGGAUGUCUGUCAAAGAAAAACUUGUGCAAUACUCUAAAAAUGAUUUUUGAGGGUAAGCGAACUGUUUAUCUGAGCCUGUUUUUAAAAAAAUUAUUUUACCUUUAUUUAACCAGGCAAGUCAGUUAAGAACACUGACUUAUUUUCAAUGACAGCCUGGGAACAGUGGGUUAACUGCCUGUUCAGGGGCAGAAUGACAGAUUUGUACCUUGUCAGCUCAGGGGUUUGACCUCACAACCUCCCGGUUACUAGUCCAACACUCUAACCACUAGGCCACCCUUCCACCCUGGUCUCAUUUGUAGGUUUCCUCUAACAAGUAUGCAAAGACUGGUCAUCCAAACACUUCAAGCAUAACCAGUCACAUUUCUAGAUUAAUUUGGGUCAAAUCGAUUAGAUUACACACACAAAAAAAAGAGCAGCACAUACAUGUGGAAAGUAUGAGUUUUCAUCUGCCAACCUCAUUACUAUCCAAAGGUUAGGUGGUUUGUUUUUUAAACUGGCAAUAAAUCCCACUACAACUACGAGACGACUAAAUAGAAACUGGCCAUAUUUGUAGCAUUUGCACUUCAAUUUAAUGUAUUUUCAUUUUGUAUUGAGUUUAAAUUAUAUUGAGUGUCCAACUUUUUAGGAAAGUUUUGAGAAUGUUUUGGAUAUAUUUUGUCAAUGCUGAAGAAAUGUUUUUAUGAAAAGUAACCUUUUCACUGAACUUCAAUUAACUUUUGUUUUUCCAGACUGAAUGAUUUUUAAAACAUUCUCUAGACUACUGUAUUGUGACAUGUAAUAUGUGACUCCUUCAACCAAAUCUUAAGAAUAAAACAACCUGUUUUGAACUUA